UAAGUCUCGCCAUAAAUUGUAGUGAAUUUAUUGUGUUGCUUAUUCGUUAUAAGCGUAGUUACAGACGUAGCCAACGUAGCUGUUAAAUGCGAACACGCAGCCCAGCUCUUGAGAACUGGUAUAGCCGGUUACAGAGUCGCUGUAAUGUCCCAAUGCAGCGUCGACACGGCUGUUGACGAGUGCUUGUGGGUUAUCGAUAAGGUUUGGACAGAUCAGGCCUCACACAGAAAUGGAGACUUUGCUGAAGAUUGGCACGUAGACAUCAGGCUUUCCUUCAGCUGUAUUACUGCCAUUGUGAAGAAGAUAUAUUCCAGAUAUUUUCUCAAACACUGAUAGCACGUUAACAACAACUGCCCACUUCUGUCAGUGCCUCUCCAAACACACUUCCCUACGCUACUCACUGACUUAAGUCUUCAGCAUGUAUCAGAUUGUCCCGGGAGCUCCUGGGGAGCAACAGACGACCGGGGGAGCCGGUGGUUCUCCAGCGAAGAAAAAACUGAGUCAUGAAGGCCGGCCUCUGGUGAUGGCCGGUAUGUUGGGCUGUGUGUUGGUGCUGGCUGCUGUGGUUGCCUGGUGCUACUACUCGGCAUCCCUUCGUAAAGCCCAGCUGUUCAAGGCUGAGCUGUUGGACCUUAAUAAGGAUGGUUUUAUAAUUCGUAACCAGGCAGGGGCUGUUAUCUUCACUAUGGCCUUCAGGUCUGGCACUCUAGAUCUGGACUCCUGCUCAAAAGAGGGAAAUAUUCUGAGCUGCACUCAGUCAGAUUCUGGCAAGCUCAACUUCUUUAUCCAGACGGUUCGACCGAAGGACACAGUGAUGUGUUACCGUGUUCGCUGGGAAGAGCUGCAAAAUAAGCGUUUGGUGGAGCACGCCAUGGCCUACAAUGACUCUCACUGGUAUGGAGGGGCAGAGACAGCAGCACAAUACUGGCCUAUAAGGAUUCAGGGCAACGAGGAACCACAGCCCUUCAUCACCAGUGACGUGUACUCGAAUCGGAAUGCUUUUGGGGGAAUCUUAGAACGUUAUUGGCUGUCUUCAAAUGCGACAGCCAUCAAGAUUAAUGACUCUGUACCGUUUCAUUUGGGCUGGUCAGAGAGGGACAGAAUACUCAGGUUCCAGGCCCGAUACCAGGACUCUCCCUUCAGACCACCAGAGGGUCUGCAGGCCUUUCCUGAGCUCAGCUAUAGAGUGUGUGUCGGUUCAGAUGUUACCUCUAUUCACAAAUACAUGGUACGUCGGUAUUUCCCGAAGCCUAUCAAGGUCCCGUCUCCUGAAGUGUUCAAAAAACCUUUGUGGUCGACAUGGGCUCUCCACAAGACGUCCAUAACUCAGGAGAAGCUGUUGCGCUAUGCUUCUGACAUCACCAAACAUGGCUUCACAUGCUCCCAUCUGGAGCUGGACGACCGCUACACUGCUGACUAUGGAGAGUUUGACUUUGACCCACAGAAGUUCCCCAAUGCUAGUGGCAUGUUUGACAAACUCAGAGAGGAUGGGUUUCAAGUGUCGCUCUGGACACAUCCUUUUAUCAACUACGACUCCAUUAAUUUUGGUGUUGCUGUGGAGAAAGGGUUGUUUGUUCGGGAGCCUAGCGGUGAGCUACCUGCUCUGGUUCGCUGGUGGAACGGUAUUGGAGGAAUCUUGGACUUUACCAACCCAGAAGCCCGCGAGUGGUAUUCUUCACAUUUGCGUAUGCUGAAACACCACUAUGAUGUGACGUCCUUCAAGUUCGAUGCAGGAGAGACAAGCUACCUCCCACGUCAGUUUAGCACCUUGGUCCCACUGUCUGACCCUUCCACCUUCACCCGCCGCUACACAGAGAUGGUCAUACCAUUCAGUGAGCGUGCAGAGCUGAGGGUGGGUUACCAGAGUCAGAAUAUCUCCUGCUUCUUCAGGAUCAUCGACCGAGACUCUGUGUGGGGUUAUGAGCUCGGCCUCAAGUCCAUCAUCCCGACUGUUCUGACCAUUAGCAUUCUGGGCUACCAGUUUGUCUUACCUGAUAUGAUAGGAGGGAAUGCAUACCCCAACCGCACAACAGGUGGUUUAGAUGGAAAAAAUGGACUGCCAGACCGUGAGCUGUACAUCAGAUGGUUGGAGCUGUCUGCUUUCAUGCCUGCCAUGCAGUUCUCAAUACCACCAUGGGCCUAUGAUGACGAGGUGAUACAGAUAGCACAGAAGUUCACAGAGCUCCAUGAGAAUCUGGUGGCCCCAAGGGUUCUUGAACUAGCAAGCGAGGUUCUUGAUACAGGGGACCCGAUCAUCAGACCACUGUGGUGGAUUGCCAAUGAUGACGAGGCAGCCUACAAGAUUGACUCUCAGUUCCUGAUCGGGGACGACCUAAUGGUGGCUCCAGUGUUGGAGCCAGGAAAGCAGGAGAGAGACAUCUACCUGCCUGCAGGACGAUGGAGGAGCUACAAGGGGGAACAUUUUGAUAAAGGCCCCAUGUACCUCACCGACUACCCUGUGGACCUCGAUGAGAUAGCUUUCUUUACAUGGGUUCACUGAAAAGAUGAAAUAAUUGAACACACACACUCACUGUUUGCACAUGCACAUUGUUAUGAGCACACAUGCCAAGAAAUAGCAGUUGAUGUUUGUUUAUCAAAGGGACAUGACCACUUAGGGACCUGCUGCCACAGCAGGAUGUGAUUUUGGUAAAGAUGAACCUUGUGUCUACUUCAGCCCUACUCAUUAUCUGGACAUCUGCCUGCAGAUUUUAUCACCCAUGCAAGAAUUAGAAUGAAAUUUGUAUUGACUUCUCGUUGGAUUCUCUUGUGCCACCCUUAAAGCUGAUACUCAUCCUCAUGUGCCUUCCGCAGCCAAUAGUUUAAACCGAUCCCAGAUUGUACCAUCAGUCUUCCACCUUAUGGACAUCCAGAUUUCUAGUUACACAGCUCAUAUGGUUUUAAUUUAAGGGUGAGGGUUGGCUUUUUUUCCGACCACAUGAAUUUCAUUUCAGGUUAGGUUAAACAACUGCGCAUUAAGAUGUUAGAUGUGUGUUUUUAUUGUGGCAUAAUGGGGUUAGGCACUGGCAAUAAACAUUCUGCUGAAAUGGCAGCCCUCACCUUUUCUCAAUGUGGCAACUACUGUAUUGUGGAAAAUCUUAGCCUUUUCAACACUACCUGUGUUAAAGCUCACGUGCAGUCAUUUGUUCUUUAUAAUUAUUAACUCUUUCCUUUAGGUUUGUGGGUAUGUGAUUGUAUAUACAGUGCAUACAUGUGAUUUUGGGUUUGAAUUUGAGGUACUUGUCAUGAUAUUUUAAGCAUUCCUUAAUGUGUAAUGCCAUUAUGUCAUUUCAGUGCUAAAAUCUUACGGCUUCACACUUUUUUCAUCUGCACUAUUUGAAAUUCACAGCUCAGGGUAGAUUUAAAAAAAACAUUUGUUCUGUUAGGAUUAAUUUUGUUGACCCGCAGCAUAAAUAUAUUUGUUAUACUGCUGGUCUGCCUUGUAAAACAGAUAAUGUUCUGAAAGAUGCCAUAAUUAAUUGCUGUCCAUGUCUGCUUUGUGACUUUAUUUGCCUUAUCAGCUGAAUUAAGCUAUGCUGACCUCAGUAGUGAGAAGCAGUAUCAUGUUGAAACACUCUCCUCUGCAUCUGCAGUGAUAUACUUUAAGCUUUGCACCUUCUCGUUUUAAGCACUGACAUUGCAAAAUACCUGAUAGGUUCUAUUCUAAAAUGAGAUACCUGCCCUCUGACUGAAUGUCUGUAUGCUCUUACUCUUACUCACUGAUUGCUGGCAUGAGAGUAAAGCACACUGUCGGUUAAACAAUCUAAAUGUCUUGCUUGAAAAUAGUUGUAAAAUUCAGUGCUGUUUCAGAAAUGUUUAAGUCCGCACCUAUAGAGUUGUGAUGGGAUACGUUGAUAUUUAAAAUGAUUUGUGUGGUUGCUUGUUGAAAAAUGAAACAAUCUUGCAGCAACAUUUGUGAAAAAAUAAAUGUCACUGAAAUAUAAA